AUGUGUGAGUGGGUGUAUUUGAACAAUGACUUCCCCAUAGGAUGUGAUGUAUAUGGCACUUCCUAUGAUAUACGUCAAGCAGACGAGGAUGGGGAAGAGGGGUCCAUGGUUCAGUUCUCCCCUGAGAAACUUCGAGAGAUGGGACACAGGAGACGAUCCAACACCGCACAGCGUCUUGAAAAGCUCAAAAAAGAGAAAAGGCAGGCUGCAAAGUGUAGAAAUGUGACUUGGCGUGAGAGGCACAUGAACCUCACUGAAGAGAAACUGUCAGAGUUGUUCACUGAGAAGGAACUUGAAACUCCUAUGGAGCCCAUUGGUAAUAAGGUUGUAUCAUGCUUUUCUGAGCUUCUGAAGAUAACUCCCAGCAUGCCAACCAAUCCCUUUGCACAAUAUGCAAAGUUUGAUGGCAAUUCAAAUGUGGGAGUUCCAAUAAAGCGUAUCAACAUUAAUCUGACAGCUUUACCAAAGUCACAGCAGACAAAACCACUCCCUGUCAGUGUAGUGGCAUCUGCUAGGGUUUCUGACUUGAUAGGACUUGUUUGUUACUUGUACACAAAUGAGAAUCUUCAACCACCACUCAUUUCAAGGGCUGAAGCAUAUAGCCUCUUCAUGGCAGAUGAAGAUGGUACAGUGGACCUUGAUCUUCCAUGCUUGAACCCACGAGACAAUAUUUCAAAGUUUCUCUUCAGUGUGUUGGCUCUUGUAGAGAAUCCAGAUAGGGGUAUACAUGGAGAAAAAAAGUUUGUCCAUGUGAAUAUGCCAGAUGACAGUUCUGUGGAUAUUGAGUUGUCCAGUGAAUGUGAAACUGCCGAAGGCCUAGUCAAGCAGGGCCUUAAAAGGGCCAAAUUGUUGAGCAAGUAUCGUGUCAGUGAUGUGCAGCUCUACAAGAAGUCUGAUCCCAAUGUGCCAUUGAGUCAUGACACUCGUAUGUCAUCUGUGGAUGAUCGAGAACUUGUAAUCAGAAGAAAAAGUGAAGCUACUGCAACUGAUGGGUGCCUCACCCAAGAACUCCUGAUUAUUGAUGCCCCUCGUUAUGAGUGUUUCCGGGUAUCACAGGUGCAUAAAAUCAUGUCAUCAACAGAAGUCCAGAUGGGUAUCUCAGGAGAAAAGAUUGAAAUUGUUCCUGCUCAGGCCAGCAUGGCAUCCAAACUCCUAUCCAAACCUACUAAACUCAUUUCAUAUGACAUGAACAAUGUGGCUGACUGCAUCCUCAUUGAGGAACGAUAUAACUGUGCAUACUUCCGCUUCAUAUUUUCAGAUGGAGAAGGGAAUUUCAAGACAUAUGACUUUGAAGGAGACAAAGAUAUAGUAAAGAUGAUCGUGGAAAAAUGCCAUAAUAUUUUAGAGUUGCAUCCUAGUCAAGUGAGACAGGAGUAUCUUGCAAUAAAAGAGACUCGAUCAAACAGGAAGAAGGCAAAGAAGUGA